GGGGAGGCUCUGUGCGGCAGCGGUGGCAGUGCCGGGGACGCCGGGGCGAGGAGCCUGGCAGAGGGGCUGAUUUUUGUUUUCCAGAUCAGGGUGGUCGAUGCUGUAUCCGACCUUGUGCUGGUCAGCUCUUGAAGGAGGCAGAGCUAAAAUAAGCCAAAAGAGACCAAACUGGCUUUUUCCCAGUUCGUGGGUCAGUUUUUUUCCGUACAUAACAAAACGUUAAUUCGGGAGAGGUGGCUAGAUGGAAGGUGGUUGGGGAACCUCAGCUGAAAAACGCUAAAGGGAUUCUAGAUUGCCUUGAGGUUGCUGUUUGGCUCUGUGCUUGACCUCAUCUGCCCAAAAUCUGAGAUGUGUGCUGUUAGCCUUUCCUGUUUUGCAAAAUGCAAAAAAACUCUUGGGCCCAGAAGAGCUUUUUUUGUGGGGCGGGUUACCUCCCCGUGUCCACAUCGUCCCUUACAGCCACCCAUAACGGUGGCCACGGGGAUAACCAGCCGUUCCAGGGCUUGUCCCUGCGCCGCUGCGUCGGUACCGCAACGUCUCCUUAAGGCUUAGACCCAGAUUAUUUUCUCACUGCUGGCAGGUCUUUAGAAUAUAAUGAUAAAAUUUACAAUUAAUCUUUCAUUUUUAACCUUUUUUUUUUUUUUCUGUUUCUCUUGGUUUGGACCUGAAAAUCGCGGUGGCUGAAGCCACCCCCAGGCUGGCUGUAGCAUUAUUUGGCUUCAAGUGAUGUCUGUAAAUAAACAUCAUCUUUUGAUAGAUGCUUCUACAAAGAAAUAACUAGUGUUUGGUUUGAAGGCUUCACAAAAAGUCACUUUUACAAGAUUUCAACCCGGGGUUGAAUUUUGAGUGCCCUCUUCCUUUUGCAGUGUGCCACCUUUGAGCUGCAGUUGUGGUUUAUUAUUUUAGCAGAGUCAUGAAUCGCGGUUGUGCCCAAAAUAGUUUGAUGCUGGGCUUCAAACCGGGCAAAUCCCAUACGAAUCACCUUCAGCUGAAAGACUCUUCCUGUUGUCGUGCUGAUGACAAAAAAAAAAAUCAUCGAAAUCCUCCUAGCCCCAGCUAAGCCGAGCUACUGGUGCCCAGUUAAAAUUUCCAGUGUCCCAGUAUGUUAUUCCUCCCGCUAACCAUCUGCCUGAGUUUCCAGCCAGCUUUGGCUGCCAGGUCGGUUUUUUUGAGGUUUCCCAUCGUUCUGCUUUGAUUGCUGGGGACCACAAGAGGUCGGCAAAAUUCAGGAGAUGUAACCUGGGUUCUGCCUUCCCUCCGGGGCAGCAGACUGGCACAUCCUCACCAGAGCUGCCUGGGCACUCUGUUUCAUUCCAGGAUAAUUACUCCAUUAAAAAAAAAAAAAAACCCAAACCCAAAACCCCAACCCCAAACUAAUUAUACUGGAAGAAAAUCAGGGCAAUUUUGGAACAGGGCAUGUGUUGCCAGGGUUUAUUGCCGAGCCGUUCUGCUGGCUUGCUUUCACGUGCGGCAAAGCCCGGGCGCUCGGGGGAAUUAAGAGGGAUCAGAAGCAUUAACCGGGCUCUGCCCGCUCACCCCGCUCUCCGGAGACUCCUUUAAUUCCUCCGUUCCUGGUACGAAAGGUCCCGGGCUUGGGAGUUUGCUGCGGAACACAGAGCCUGGCCGCACCGUGACGCUUGGUGCCGUGCCCAAAGGUGGCACUGGGAAAACCCAAGCCAUUAACCAAACUCCCCCUUCUCUGUGGUUUGCAGCCCGGCGAGCCCUAAGCGCUGCCUUCAGCAACGCGUUGCCUGCAGAGUGAUGGUCUUAAAAUGAAAAGGUGCUGCGAGGGCCUUGGGCUGCCAUGCCUGUUUAAGGGUGUUGGUAUGGCCAGCCCCCGGCCUCCCAAAUACCUCCUUGUCUUCGAUUUUGACGAGACCAUCAUCAACGAGAACAGCGAUGACUCCAUCGUCCGGGCGGCACCGGGGCAGGUGCUUCCGGAGCACAUCCGACAGACCUUCCGCGAGGGCUUCUACAACGAGUACAUGCAGCGCGUCCUGGCGUACAUGGGGGACCAGGGGGUCAAGAUGGGGGACUUCAAGACAGUCUAUGAGAACAUCCCCCUGUCCCCCGGCAUGCCGGACCUCUUCCAGUUCCUCUCCAAGAACCACGAGCUCUUUGAGAUCAUCCUCAUCUCCGAUGCCAACAUGUUUGGCAUCGAAUGCAAUCUGAGGGCAGCCGGUUUCUACUCCCUCUUCCGCAAGAUCUUCAGCAACCCAUCUGGCUUUGACAAGAAGGGGUACCUCACCUUGGGGCCCUACCAUAGCCACAAGUGCCUUGACUGCCCGGCCAACAUGUGCAAACGCAAAAUCCUAACGGAGUACCUGGCUGAGAGAGCCCGGGAGGAGGUGGAGUUCGAGAGGGUCUUCUACGUGGGAGAUGGUGCCAAUGACUUCUGCCCUUCCAUGACUUUGACUUCAGCUGAUGUGGCUUUCCCGCGGAAAGGCUACCCCAUGCACCGGAUGACCCAAGAGAUGGAGAAGAAGCAGCCCGGAGCCUUCCAGGCCGCUGUCGUCCCCUGGGAGUCGGCUGCAGAAGUUGCCCGCUAUCUCCAGGAGGUCCUCAAGAAGAAGUGUUGAGGAUGGGCGCAGAAGAGACUUGCUUACUAUAAGCAGCUGGGAAAGGAGAAGCUUGGGGGGUGACAUCCUUUACCCCACGCUCGUUGGCACUACUCGCUCAGCCCCCCUCCUGGGUUGCUUUUCUGCCUUUCCUCUCCGAGCUCCUUUCUCCCCGGUGAUUAAAGCACUUUCUCUAGGUCCCCCCUUCUCCUUCCUCUGCCGUGUUGAGACAAAGCCUUCUCUAUGCAGCUCGGACAUCUACUCCGGCGUGGGUGUUUGCCAACACUAAUGGUGAUUUUUUUGGGUUUUUUUUUUUUUCUUUCCCUUUUGACUUCACGAGCAAUUCCUAAAAGACCAGAAGCCGGCUCCCUGCGGGCUGGGCCCUCCACGUGCUUCCUCCUGCCUUCAUCCCCCUCGCCUGCCCGACCUCCGCCGGCCACGCCGGGAGCUGCGUGCUGUUGUUGCCUUGAACCUGAUGCUCGAGGGCUCCUUGCCCCUUUUCCGGGCCACUGGAAGUUUAAUCUGGGAAUUUGGUGCUGCCCAGCCUCCCUGGCUCACCUCCCGCACCCCGCCUGGGCAGGGCAGCUCUUGGCUCAGCUGCUGAGCCUUGCAAUGGAGUUAAUUGUCCCUGGAGCCAUUAUCUCUGAAAAAACAUGACGUUAAGGACAGGAAACCUUUUGGAAAGGUGGUACUUUGGAAGAAACCUUUAGUGUCCAUCCCUACCCCACUUGCCCAGGGCACGGGCACAGCGAGCGCAUCUCUCUGCAGGGCGGAGGACCUGCCCUUGCCUUCCACCCCCAGCCUCUGCUGCUGCUUCCAGGGCAAAGCAAUCCCCACGUCCCCGGGGCGGCCAGGUCCCUCCUCUCCCCCAGCCGUCACCAGUCGUGUCCUUGUGUUUGCUGGAUCCUAUUGCCUCCCCCUUACCCAGGGGAUGAUUUUCCCUCCUGACCUGGUCGAGAGGUGCCGAACCUCCCCACGGAGGUGUGGUGCUGUAGCACUUCUGGCAUCGGGUCCCCGGAGGCCAAACACCCCCAACCCCCAGUUGCCCCCUUGCCUCGCUGCAGUAUUAAUUACCCCGUUAAUUGCACUCUGCAGGGGGGACCUACAGUAUUCGCUGCUCUCUGGUGUUGGCUUCUCCUGGAUUUAUCCACAGCCUUACCGGCCCCGGAGGGUGGCUCGUAACUCCUCCAAAGCGUAGAAACCCUGGCGGCAAACCUGAGCAGUAAGGAAAUAACCAAAGCAGCCCGAGUUGUUCCUCCUCUAUUUCAUUUCCCCCCUCUUUGUUCUUCCUCCUCCGGACCCUGUUCAACUGUGUGGAACUUAAAGCCAUGGAAUUAAAAAAAAAAAAAAUCAUA